CUGUAGUAUUGUUGGUUGGUUGAGUGAGUGCUGCAUGGCCUCGACUCGACGUAGCGUAGAUCCCGUUCCAAGAUUCGUCUUAAAUACUAAAAUUUAUGUGCAAUAUUAACCACGGUAUAAUUCGUAAUGGUGUUCUCUAAAAGGCCAUGGAUUUGAUGAAAACGGAAUAUGAGUUCCUAGACUUGUCAGAUGUGAAAGAAGCGGAACUGUGCAGUUUGCAGUGCGCACUCUAUCAGCGGAAGACGGAGGUUUCUAGCUACGGUUGGACCGAGCCUGCCAUUGACCUGUCCUCGUGUUCGUCGUCGACCUUGGGCCCGCGCACCGUGUCGAGCAGCCUGGACAGCCUGUCGGGCGGCGAGUGCGAGAUGGCGCCCCACUCGCCGCAGCGCGCGCCGCCGCCGCCCUACGCGCAGCCGCCGCCCGCCUACCCGCAGCAGUGGCCCGUGGCGCCACCUAACGUCUACGUUAGCCAGGUCACCGCCAACGUGAACGUUCACGGCUACAUGGGACAGUACUACCAGCCUCCGCAGCCGCAAUACGCGCCGCCGCCACAAGUCGACCGCCCGCCGCGCAACCACCGCCGCGACCGCCGCGGCAAGCGACCCCCCUCCCCGCCACCACCACAACCACCCCCCUACUACGUCCAGUACCCACAGUACUACCCCGCCGCACAGGCCCAGGCAGGAGCCCCCCUCUACCACCUACCCGUAUACCAACCUCUAGUCUACGGACCUUACGCGUACCCGCCUUACUACCAAGAAUAUCAGAUCCCCGUCGAAGGCGAAGACAAACCUGAUGAAUACCAACAAGAGGUUGUGAUGGAGCAGGAAGCUGUAGACGCUUACUACGCUGGCGCUCACUACGCACCUCCAUACGGCCCGCCCGUAGAUGGGGGCGUAGAAUACAUGCCGCCCAUGUAUCUACCCCCACCCCCACAUCCACCACCUAUACCUAUACAGCCUCAACCACCACAUCACUCGACUCCGCACCAGUUUAACGUGCACGCUAAAAACUUCGUAGUCCAAUCGCACAAUCAUAAUAAAUCGUACACUCCGCCAGAAAAGAGUCAAGAACAGAAGACUCCGCCGGCGACCGUCUCUGUGGAAUCGUUGCCUAUCAAAGAUCUGACCAUCAACAAGGGCCCGGGCAGCCCGAAGCAAACAGAACGACCGAUAGAACAAAAACCCAGUGACAAAGCUUCACCUACUCCUAAAGUGGAAGCUGUCAAGCCGGCCUGGGUAGCCAAUGAAAAGACACCUGAAGUUAAUCAGAUACCCGCUAAGGCGUUCCCGCCGAUGGCGUCUGCGAGUCAAGUUCCCGCUGCUAAGAUGCCUCCGGUGGUAAAUAAAACUACGAAAGGCCCAGCGGCCCCGUUCUCAGGAGGCAAGCAACCAGCUAAGCCCCUGGUUCCUCAAGCGGCCGUGCCUGUACAACAGGUAUCUACCCCAAAGGCGCCGUUUGGCAAUAGACAGAAGAGGGAUAACGUUGCUAACAGGUCACCGACGAGUGAGACUGUGGAAGUUCCAAGCCCCGCCGCGCCGGUCGAGCAUCCUAAACGCGAUCCGCCGCUACCACCAAGCAAGGCGCCUAUGCCUAUCUCGAUCACGCUACACUCGCAAGGGCCACCGCUGAUCGUGACUAACAAAUCACCGUUCGGACACUCUAGGAAGUCGACAGCCGCGCCUGAACCACCUCCAGUGCCUCAGCCACCUCCCCCAGCGCCUACUGCAUCAGAUUUCCCCCCCCCACCUACUCCUAGAAACCGUGGAGAGUUGCCACCGCCUGUGGUGCAACCUCAACCGCAACCGGCUCCAGGGAAAUCCUGGGCAAGUCUGUUUUCAAGCAAGUCUGCAGCGGUUACAGUGACCGCUUCGCCGCCGGCACCUCUACCUGUCGAAGAACCCCCAAGCCCGACCACAGUAUCACCACCAGCGACGGCUAGCAUUCAAAAACCAGUAGCGAAAGUGGGCCCUUUUGACGCGUCUCCAUCUCAAAUAACCGCUACAGAUAAAAGCUCCCCUGUGCCUCGGGCCCCCGCGCCUACUGGCAUCUCUUACUCCGAGAAGACCUCGGUGAAUGCCAUCAGUAUAACCCCUGCUAAACCGGCAUCACCCAGCCAACCUGUCCCCGAGGUCCGGGAGGUUCCUAUUCAGAAGGAGCCUACGCCAGCGCUGCCUGUGCCACCCUCGCCGUUUGCUGAUGACCCGAACUCUUACAGGAUGGGAGAAUUCCUGUCCAAAUAUCAGCUGGACAACAAGCCAGUAACGCUGCUACCCCGCGGCCUCACGAACCGCUCAAACUACUGCUACGUCAACUCUAUCCUACAAGCGCUGAUCGCGUGUCCACCCUUCUACAACAUGCUGAAGGCGCUGCCCUACCAAACUCGACGUGGCAAGUCCAGCACGCCCGUCAUUGACUCCAUGGUGGAGUUGUGCUACGAGUUCAGCCCGCUGGCGCUGGGGGCGCGCACUCGGGGCGCGGCUGCUCGGCCGGAGGCGGGCGCGCCGCCGGUGCCGGCCGGGCCGCCGCUAGACGGCGCCGCAGGCCUGCGCGUGCUGCGCGCGCUGCGCCCCUUCCCCGGCUCGCAAGAAGCCCGUCAGGAGGACGCCGAGGAGUUCCUCGGGUGUCUACUCAACUCCCUCAACGAUGAGAUGCUCGAGCUGAUGAAACUGGUGGAACCAGAGGAGCCUAAGGAGGCGAAUGCUCCAGUAAAUGGAAUCAUCAUACAGGAGCAACCUCCCGAGGAUGAGGAUGAUGACGAAUGGAAGGUGAUGGGCCCCCGCAACAGGGGCUGCGUGGAGCGGCGCUGGGCGGCGCGGCGCACGCCGGUGGCGGACAUCUUCCGCGGCCGCACGCGCCUGCGCCUGCACCGCGCGCCGCAGCACGCCGUCACCGACGCCGUGCAGCCCUUCUUCACGCUGCAGCUCGACAUCGAGCGUGCAUCCAACGUAAAGGAUGCCCUAGAACUCCUAGCGGGCAAGGACACACUGGAAGGAGUAUCUGAUGCCUGGCAGCAGUUGUCGUUGGAACAACUGCCUGUGGUCCUGUUGUUGCAUCUGAAGUGCUUCCAGUUAGACUCUGAGGGCCACACCGCCAAGAUUGUCAAGAAUAUCGACUUCCCUGUGGAUCUGAAGAUUGAUCAGAAGAUCAUGUCUUCGAAGAUCAAGUAUUCUGGCAAGCAGCGUCUGUACAAAUUGUUUGCGGUGGUGUACCACGAAGGAGUGGAGGCGGUUAAAGGGCAUUACGUUACUGAUACCUUCCACGGACAAGCGGGCUGGAUCAGAUACGACGACUCGACGGUGACGCCCGUGUCGGACGGCGCGGUGCUGAAACCGAAGCCUCCGCGCAUGCCCUACCUGCUCAUGUACCGGCGCCACGACACGCUGCCCGCGCAUGCGCACCCUCACCCUCACCCGCACCGCGCGCCCAACAAGCCAGAGUGA